UCCGCUUCAAGACAGCACUGGUGUGGAAGACCAGAUCAGCUUUUAUUCCAUCUGUCGGGGAGAGAAAGAGAGAGUGAGAACAAGCGAGUGAGAGAGAGAGAGGGAGAAAGGGGGAGAGCAAGGGAGCGCGAGCAAGCAGCAGACACUGCAAACAUGCUGCGUGUAAACAAUGGCACAUGAGGCUCUUUCAGACGUAAGGGAAGACAGAAGGGGGUGUUUUGGGGAGGGGGGUCUCGUGUGAUCGCGGGGGAUAUGGGAAGAAGGAUGGGUCCAGCUGACAGCCCCCAACGGCGAACGGCAGUCCGGGAUUAAACAGUAUGCUGGAUAAGGGGGAGGUGAGCACUCUGGGGCUGCCUCCCACCUCGGGCCAUGGCGGCUCUGACGGGAACAUAAGCUUGGACGCGGCCGAGGCCCCUGACCCCCAGCGGACGCGGGCGGCCGUCGACCACCUGCAGCAGAAGAUCCUGAAGGUCACGGAGCAGAUCCGUGUGGAGCAGGAGGCGCGCGACGACAACGUGGCCGAGUACCUGAAGCUGGCCCACAACGCCGACAAGCAGCAGGCCGCCCGCAUCAAGCAGGUCUUCGAGAAGAAGAACCAGAAGUCGGCCCAGAGCAUCGCCCAUCUGCACAAGAAGCUGGAGCACUACCACAAGAAGCUGAAAGAGAUCGAGCAGAAUGGUCCUGCUCGGCAGCCCAAGGAUGUCCUGAGGGACAUGCAGCAGGGGCUGAAGGACGUGGGCGCCAACGUGCGGGCGGGGAUCAGCGGCUUCGGGGGCGGGGUGGUGGAGGGGGUGAGGGGGGGCGUGUCAGCUCUCUCCCACACGGCCGUGGUCUCUAAGCCGCGCGAGUUCGCCAGCCUCAUCCGCAACAAGUUCGGCAGCGCCGACAACAUCGCCCAGCUGAAGGACACGCUGGAAGACCGGCAGCCCGAGGACGCGCCCACGCCCCGCGCCCUCAGCGGCAGCGCCACGCUCGUCUCCAGCCCCAAGUAUGGCAGCGAUGACGAUUGCUCCAGCGCCUCCUCCGGGUCGGCUGCCGGGAGCAACUCCGGGGCCGGCCUGGGCCCCGCCGCCGGCAGCCCCAAGUCCGGCGCACUGGACGGCCACCACCACCACCACAGCUCCUGGGACGCCCUGCUGGAGGCUCUGCAGGAGAUCAAGGCCAGCCAGGGCCACCUGGAGGACGCCAUCGAGGACAUGAAGGCGCAGCUGCAGAGCGACUACUCCUACAUGACCCAGUGCCUCCAGGAGGAGAGAUACAGGUACGAGCGCCUGGAGGAGCAGCUCAACGACCUGACGGAGCUGCACCAGAACGAAAUGACCAACCUGAAGCAGGAGCUGGCCAGCAUGGAGGAGAAGGUGGCCUACCAGUCGUACGAGAGAGCAAGAGACAUACAGGAGGCGGUGGAGUCGUGCCUGACGCGCAUCACCAAGCUGGAGCUGCAGCAGCAGCAGCAGCAGGUGGUGCAGCUGGAGGGGGUGGAGAACGCCAACGCCCGCGCUUUGCUGGGCAAGUUCAUCAACAUCAUCCUCACCCUCAUGGCCGUGCUGCUGGUGUUCGUGUCCACGGUGGCCAGCUUCAUCACGCCGCUGAUGAAGACGAGGGCGCGGGUGGGGUCCACCGUGCUCCUGGUGCUCCUGCUGGUCUCCCUCUGGAAGCACUGGGACUUCCUGGAGCGGUGGCUGCGGCCUGGGUGAGCGCGGAGGAGGGGCCUCCCCC